AUGCCCUACGAAAACCGAAAUGCCUACUAUCUACGAAUAUCCCCUUAUACCGUUCUGCCCAUGUAUUUAUACCUCGACGAACGGCACACAUCCUGGAUGACGGACACGACCCUCCAGUUCGUGCUGGAAGAUCUUCGACAUCGGAUAGGCCCGAAGCUGAGGGAUGAGAGCGGUACUAUCAUGAAUGCUUCUGCUGCGAAUAAGACCAAGCCGAGUGUGGAUGUCCAUCGAGGGACCACGUAUCAAUUCGCGUACUUUCUAAGGAAGGCAGAUCCACAUACUUUGCUCGUCAAGCGACGUGAUUUCGUCCUGCGACCAUCAGCAUUCGGAGUGAAGAAAGAAGAGUCUCAAUCCCCCGAGCCUCCACCUGUUCGCGGCAAAAAGAGAGGAAAGACAAAACCCACUCCGAAGAAAUCCGGUUCAAUAGAAACGAAUGGCAAGGGAAAGAAGAGGAAGAGAGGUGAACAAGCUGCGCUGGAACGGGAUGGUCCUGAACCGAGCGAGGAGGAUGCGACGUUACCGCCCAGACGAUCAGGCAGGACGAGGGCACAAGUGUCAUAUACCGAAGACGAAGAUGAGGUGGACAGAGAAGACGACGAGGGUGAGGACAACAGAGGGGCACAAGAGGCCGAGGAAGACGAUUUCGAGCUUGAUGAAGAAGACACUGCAGACGCUGCACCUGAGCCGUUGUUCCGACCAUCAACACCUCCCCGCCCUCCUUCGGAGCCCGAAGUCAAGCCGGAGCCGGCUGACCCCUCCUUGAACGGGUCUAUACCACCCACACCGACAGACAAUAGCGUGAUCGACUUCUCCAUGGACCCGGACGAAGAGGAGGAGAACAAGCCCAAGCCGGAGCUACAACUGUCCUAUCAAGGGUUUUCGAUCUUCGGUUGUGCCCUCUGCGUUAUCGUAGAGCCUUACCCUCCAAUUCGGUACAGCGUGGUGCCGCAGCCAAGAGCAAGGCAGACGAGCUUGCCCGUCUCCUGGGCCAGCAGCAGGAGCGCGAGCAUGGAGCCCGUCGGUACUGGAGAGAGCAGAGGGACGACCCCGCUUUUCCGCGCUGAGACGCCUUUCGAUGAUCAGAGGUUCGCGGCUGGCACGCCUGCGGUAGAUAGAGAAGAGACUCCUCUGUUCAGAUUGGAGACUGCAGAGCCGGAAAUGCGUGGACAUCGGUUUGCUGCUGGCCGCCCUGAUGGAGAUAGAGAACAGACGCCGCUCUUCCGCUUCGAGACGCCCGAACCGGAGAUGAUGCGAGGUGCGAGCCUUGCCCCCUCUUUGCGCAGCCCGUCGCCCUUUGUCAAUGGCGAAGAUGAGCCGAUGGACGAGGACGGGAGCACAAUCAUGGAGUUCUCGCAGGUGCUCAGCAGUGCUGGCGCAGGCAGGUUUGGUGGGAGGGAUGAUGGGGACGAAGGUGGGGAGGGAUUCUAUGGCGAUGCGGAUGAAGGAAGUGGGAAUAUGUGA